AUCUGCAAAUGAAAGUUUAAAGGAGAAUUCCUGUAUCUGUAUUUAAAAUAAACUAAGGGUUUAAAUGAAAAAUCCUGUAGUUUGCAGGGCCUGAUUUGAUAAGGUUGUGAACCCUGUACACAGUUUACAGGCACCACUAGUUUGUGUGCCUAAACAAGAAAUAUAAAAAAAAAAAUCAUACAAAAAAUGGUAUUCAUUUAAAAAAUAACAAAUAUUGUUCAUGAUAGAUUUAAUACAGUUAUUAUAUAGCAGGAAUAUAUAUAUGGAAUAUUAUAUAGCGCCAUAUAUAUCAGGAAUUAAGUUUGAUUAAUUGUAUACUUUAUUACAGGCUGAAUAUACCCAUCAGUUUCAAUCAUACAAAGGCUGGAAUCAGCCAACAUCUGGUUUUAUCUCUUGUGGUCCCAUCCCAAUUGAGAGAAUCCUUCAGUUCUGCAUCCAACCCAUCAGUCUGAUCAUCACUGCAGUAAUCAGCCUGAGAAAUUUAACCUGAACUGAGUCUGCAGAAAAGUGAAGAUGACACACAGAACUGUCACUAAGAUUGCCUCACCAAAGAUUCAGACAGAAGGUGGAGGGUUUUUAAUUCGGAAGGUGAUAGGAGGUGUUAUCCCGACAUGUGACCCAUUUUUAAUGCUGGACCAUAUAGGUCCUGUAGAUUAUAAACCAGGAGAAGCCCUUGGGGCUCCCGACCAUCCUCACCGAGGCUUUGAAACAGUCACAUACGUCAUUGAUGGGGGAGUCCGCCAUCAAGACUCUGCUGGAAAUAAGGGUACCCUGAAAUCUGGCUGGGUGCAGUGGAUGACGGCCGGCACUGGGCUGAUACACUCAGAGAUGCCUACGGAGGACAUCCUAAAGAACGGGGGAAGGUCUGAGGGGUUUCAGCUCUGGGUCAACUUACCAGCAAAGGACAAAAUGAUUCCGCCCAGGUAUCAAGACACGCCCCCAGAGAAAAUCCCUCGUGUGAAUACUGAAGAUGGGAAGGCCACGGUCAAGGUUAUAGCCGGGCAUUCACUAGGAGCAUCUGCAGUUAUAGAGACAAGGAUCCCCAUCUUGUUUUUAGACAUUCACAUAAAGCCUGGUGGAGUAUUUGUACAGGAGAUAGCAGAGUCUUAUAAUGGCUUUGUCUAUGUGUGGAGAGGAGCUGGUUUCCUAGGUCAUGACAGUCAGCCUGCACACAUGGGCCAGGUAGGAGUUCUCAGUACAACAGGAACGCAAUUCCAGAUGAAGGCAGAACAUGGUCAAGAUUGCCACAUCCUGUUGAUAGCCGGGCAGCCGAUCAGUGAACCAGUGGUGAAAUACGGCCCCUUUGUGAUGAAUACUCAGGAAGAAAUAGAUCAGGCUAUCUCAGACUACCAGGAGGGGAAGUUAGGCAGUAUACCAGGGAAAGAAGAGCGGAUAAGACAGACAGAGGCAGCUCAGGCUAUGCAGAGGAAGAAUGCUACAUCCUAACCUCAUGCACAACCCCACCGU